AUGCACACUGAAGAAAAGCCUUACACGUGUGAAAUUUGUUCUAAGCAAUUUAAUAAAGGUGGAAAUUUGAAACGGCAUUUAAGGAUACACACUGGUGAAAAGGCUUACAAGUGUGAAAUCUGUUUUAAGGAAUUUAGCGAAACAGUCAGUUUGAAAAAGCAUUUGAGAGUACAUACUGGAGAAAAGCCUUACCAGUGUGAAAUCUGCUUUAAGGAAUUUAGCGAAGCAAGCAGUUUGAAAAAGCAUUUGAGAAUGCAUACUGGUGAAAAGUCUUACAAGUGCGAAGUUUGCUCUAAGCAAUUUACUCAAGAUGGAGAAUUGAAUAAGAAUUUAAGAAUACACACGGGUGAAAAGCCUUACAAGUGUGAAAUUUGUUCUAAGCAAUUUAAUUAG